AUAAACAGUUGCCAACUCUCACAGACAAAUACAGACACAUAUUGAGAGUCAGGAGAGACACCUGCACCCAAGAUUUAAAGAUCUGAAGUUCUCAAAUUGAAGAGAUAAGAUGGAGUCUGUGCUUCAUGAGCUCUGUCUGGAGCAUCAUCUGUGUGACACGGUGAUCAGAGUGGACGGUGUUGAAUUUCAAGCACACAAGAUCUCCCUGUGUGACUGCAGUCCGUACUUCAGAGCACUCUUUGCCUGCCGGUCAACCACAGAUUGUCAGGUCUUUGACAUUCCCAACGUGUCACCUGAAAUGAUGAAGCUCAUCAUCGAGUUUGCCCACACUGGCUUUGUUCCUGUGACACAAGAGAAUGUGCAGGAGCUUUAUAUAGCAGCUGACCAAUUCAACGUAGACGGCAUCGUACAAGUCUGCAGUGACUUCCUGGAGGAGCAGCUGUCCCCACAGAACUGCAUCGGCAUCUGGUGGUUCACAGACGUCUACUACAACCCCGGACUGAAACACAAGGCCUUCCUCUUCAUGCUCGAUCACUUUAAGGAGGUUGCUGCCACCUCAGAGGAAUUCCUGCGGCUCUCUGCGCAGGACCUUGCGAAAAUCGUUGAGAACGACAAACUCAAUGUGAAACAGGAGAAUGAGGUGUUUGAAGCUAUAGAACGCUGGAUCGCCUAUGCACCCGAGGAACGCAGAGAGGAUAUCUUUCUGCUUUUGUCCGAAGUCAGGCUGGCCUUGAUGGGUCCAGGAUACAUCGUGGACAAUGUCACUGACAACAAACUAGUGAAUAAGUCAGACUGUUGUACCCCCGCAGUAACUUCUGCACUGCCAUGAUCGAUAACCGCCUGCUUGUUGUCGGAGGCUUCAACGAUUUCACCACCAGUUGAGUUUGCGGCUUCGAGUGCUACAAUAUCGAAGUGGUAGAGUGGUCCGGUGUUUGUAACAUGGAGAUAUCACGCAUAACUGGAGCUGCUGUGUGGAGUCUGGACUCCCCAGCAUCUCUACAGUUCUCUAGUAAAGGUGGAGGAUGGGAUGAGGAUGGAGUGCAGUUAUCAGUGUGACUGUGCGAUGCACUGCCCUGUAAAUUCAUGACUAAAUGCAUUAAAACUAUUGUUAUUCCAAUAAUUACAAAGAUCAGCCUUAUGUUACGA